ACUGUAUUUAUUGACAAACCGCUUCUUUUCCCUUCUUCUUUUUCCUUCUUCUUUUUCUUCUUCUUUCACUGUAUGGCAGCUAAACAAGCGUAAAUCGUAAAUUGGUAUAGCAUUCAUUCCUCAUAUACGCGUAGUUGGAUACGAUUCAACGACAUUUAUUGUGACCAAGGAAUUUGGUUUGUUUUGAUUGCAUUUCUCGAUAAAAAAUUACACGCAAAGAAAACGAUGUCAAAAGACGAGGAAAACGCGAACGCAAUGGAUACAAAUGAAAAUUCUAAUGAAUCUUCAUCCAAUACAACGGAGAAGGAGGUAGAUUUUGAGAAUAAACUCGAAAUGGAUCGAUCGAAACGAUUCGAUUAUUUGCUGAAGCAAACGGAAAUUUUUACACAUUUUAUGACAAACACUGGACCCAAGUCACCGACCAAAGUCAAAACGGUCGGUCGGCCAAAGAAGAGCAAAGAUAAAGACAAAGACAAGGAUGCCGCUGAUCCGGGAGAUCAUCGCCAUAGGAAAACGGAACAAGAAGAAGAUGAAGAAUUAUUGGCUGAAGAAAAUCAAUCGUCGGCAGUGUUUCGAUUCGAAGAAUCGCCCGGUUAUAUUGAAAACGGUGAAAUGCGUGACUAUCAAAUCCGUGGAUUGAAUUGGAUGAUAUCACUGUAUGAAAAUGGAAUCAACGGCAUUUUGGCCGACGAAAUGGGAUUGGGAAAAACGCUGCAGACGAUCUCAUUGAUUGGUUAUUUAAAGCAUUUCAAGAAUAAUGCUGGUCCACACAUUGUAAUUGUUCCUAAGUCGACGCUUCAAAAUUGGAUGAACGAGUUUGAAAAAUGGUGUCCGUCAAUAAAAGCAGUUUGUCUCAUUGGUGAUCAGGACACCCGUAGUGUGUUCAUUCGGGAUGUGUUGAUGCCUGGCGAAUGGGACGUGUGUAUCACAUCAUACGAAAUGUGUAUUCGUGAGAAAUCGGUGUUUAAAAAGUUCAACUGGCGCUACAUGGUCAUCGACGAAGCGCAUCGUAUCAAAAAUGAAAAAUCGAAAUUAUCCGAAAUUUUGCGUGAAUUCAAAACGGCCAAUCGAUUACUUCUAACUGGAACACCAUUGCAAAAUAAUUUGCAUGAAUUGUGGGCGCUGCUAAAUUUCUUGUUGCCCGAUGUAUUCAAUAGUGCCGAUGAUUUUGACGAAUGGUUCAACACGAAUCAGUGUUUGGGCGAUGAUAGUUUAGUGGCUCGAUUGCAUGCGGUAUUGCGUCCAUUUUUGUUGCGCCGCUUGAAAUCGGAGGUGGAAAAGCGAUUGAAGCCAAAGAAAGAGAUCAAAGUUUUUGUUGGUCUAUCGAAAAUGCAACGCGAAUGGUACACAAAGAUUCUUAUGAAAGACAUUGACAUCGUGAACGGCGCCGGUAAAAUGGAGAAAAUGCGACUGCAAAACAUAUUGAUGCAGUUGCGAAAGUGUACAAAUCACCCGUACCUAUUCGAUGGAGCUGAACCGGGCCCGCCAUACACCACCGACGAGCAUUUGAUUACAAACUGUGGAAAAAUGUCCAUUUUGGACAAGCUCUUGCCGAAAUUGCAGGAGCAACAAUCGCGUGUAUUGAUUUUUAGUCAAAUGACACGUAUGUUGGACAUUUUGGAGGAUUACUGUCACUGGCGUCAAUUCCAAUACUGUCGUUUGGAUGGUAAAACACCGCACGAGGAUCGAAAUCGUUACAUUAGCGAAUUCAAUGCGGAAAACAGUCAAAAGUUCAUAUUCAUGUUGUCAACACGUGCCGGUGGUUUGGGUAUUAAUUUGGCUACGGCCGAUGUUGUCAUCAUAUACGAUUCGGAUUGGAAUCCUCAGAUGGAUUUGCAGGCCAUGGACCGAGCGCAUCGUAUCGGUCAAAAGAAACAGGUGCGUGUGUUCCGUUUCAUCACCGAAAAUACGGUCGAAGAGAAAGUGGUGGAACGCGCCGAAGUUAAAUUGCGCCUGGACAAAUUGGUGAUUCAGCAAGGCAAGCUGGUGGACGGUAAAUCGAAUCAAUUGGGCAAAGAUGAAAUUUUGAAUAUGAUUCGACACGGUGCCAAUCAUGUGUUUGCCUCGAAAGAUUCGGACAUCACCGACGACGACAUUGACGAGAUUCUAACGAAAUGUGAAGAAAAAACGGCCGAACAAAAGCAGAAACUGGAUGAAUUGGGCGAGAGUUCGUUGCGAAACUUCACCAUGGAUAUGCCGUCCAGUUCGGGUACAUAUGUGUAUCAGUUUGAGGGUGAAGAUUUCCGUGAAAAAGCCAAACUGAUGACACUCGGCAAUUGGAUUGAACCGCCGAAACGUGAACGUAAAGCAAAUUAUGCCGUCGAUGCCUAUUUCAGAGAAGCGCUAAGAACAUCCGAACCAAAAGCGCCGAAAGCACCACGGCCACCUAAACAACCAAUCGUUCAAGAUUUUCAAUUCUUCCCGCCACGCCUAUUCGAGCUACUCGAUCAGGAGAUUUACUAUUUCCGACGGACGCUAAAUUACAAAGUGCCACGCAACACCGAACUUGGACCCGAAGCCGUUCGCGUGCAACGCGAUGAACAGCAGAAAAUCGACGAGGCCGAACAGUUGACCGAGGAAGAAAUGGGCGAAAAAGAAUCACUUCUCACGCAAGGCUUUACAAACUGGACCAAACGUGACUUCAAUCAAUUUAUCAAAGCAAACGAGAAAUACGGACGCGAAGAUAUCGAUAACAUAGCCAAAGAUGUUGAGGGAAAAUUCCCAGAGGAGGUUGUGGAAUACAGUCAAGUGUUUUGGGAACGAUGCCAUGAACUGCAAGACAUUGAACGCAUUAUGGCGCAAAUCGAACGUGGCGAAUCGAAAAUACAACGCAGAGCAUCUAUCAAACGGGCACUCGAUGCAAAGAUGUCACGCUAUCGUGCUCCAUUCCAUCAACUGCGUUUGUCUUAUGGUAAUAACAAAGGUAAAAACUACACCGAGGAAGAGGACCGAUUCCUCGUCUGCAUGCUGCACAAACUUGGAUUUGACAAAGAAAACGUCUACGAAGAUCUCCGAUCGGCCGUUCGAUCAUCGCCGCAAUUCCGUUUCGAUUGGUUCUUAAAAUCGCGAACGGCUCUCGAGCUUCAACGUCGUUGUAACACGCUCAUCACAUUAAUUGAACGUGAAAAUCAGGAGCUAGAAGAGAAAGAACGUCUCGAGAAGAAGAAAAAACCGGGCAAGGGUAAUUCAACGCCGGCCAGUGGUACAGCCAGCACAGGCGUGUUGACCACAUCAACGCAACAGAAAAGCAAUCAAAAGCGCAAAGCUGAUGUCAUUGUGAAUGACAGUAAAACGACGAAAAAGAAAAAGAAGUAAAAACGAAAAGCACACACACACCGAAGCAAACAUCAUCACCGCCAAGGACUCAAACAUUCUUUUGAAAUUCCGGUAGUUUAAUGGGACGCGACCGUCAACGGGAUGCAUUUUUUGCGCACGCGAUUUUUUUUUCACUUCUUCCACCCGUGUGCGACUUAUGAGUAGAAUCUUGUUCUUUUUUUUCGUUCUAGAAAAGUUAAUUGAUUUAGCUUUGGAAAUGAAAAGAGAUUUCUAUUUUAGAAUAUAAUGUAAAUGCAAAGAGUCAAAAUUAAUUUUUGGAAAUGAAAUUCUAUUUUUUUAAAUUUGAAUACGUUUUUAAAAAGUGUGGCCAUCAAUCAAAAUUUUAUUUACAAUGAUACUAUAUGUUUUUUUUUCUUUGAAGAAGAGUCAUCGAAUGUAAACUGUUUUUAUACACCUACCAUUUUGCGUACUGUUAUACGCUUUAAAAAGUUUUUUCAUUUAACAUUUUGCAUGUCGAAUUCUGGCAUUUACAAAAAAAAAAUAAAUACACACAGUGUUGUUAGAUUAUAGUUA